AUGGAAGGUUCUAUCGGUGCAGCUGUAGUUAGCAGGAAAGUGUCUCGAGAUUAAGAAAAAAAAGAGCUCACAAAAAAGUAGCUUAAAAAAUUAAAAGUAGAUAUUAACCCCCAUGAAUGGACUAAACAGUUGGAUCUCUUUCUAUUAGACUCUGUGAUUAGAAACUACUUCAAUUUCGAUUAGGUAUCUUUGGAGCUAAAUGAUUAAGCUAAGAGAUUACAUCUAUAUUUUGGCGCAACACAUUCAUUCACCAAUUAGAAAUGUCGGAUAAGAUGGUCAUAUCUCCAUAUGAAGCUGCCUUUCAGAAUUAAUGUUGAGUAAAAAGCACUCGAGGAUAGAGAUAAAAUCUUAGAUCUUAAUUAAAAUAAAAAGGCACAUGAGUAGCUAUAGGAGAUAAGACUAUAGCAAUAAAAUUUAUAGUAAUAAAAUCUAGAGAGUCAAAGGUAAGAAGAGGAAUAAAAGAGGAUUGAGUAAGCAAAGAAAUAAGCAGAGAUAGAAAGAAGAAAUCUUUGGAAGAAGCAUGUUAUAUUUCGAGCUAGAUAAAAGAAGGAUGUGCUUGAUAUAACAAAUGAAGAUUUCUCAAAGAAUAAGUCGUUCGCUGAAGAUGGAAGAAUAAUAACUCCAUCAAAUUUCAAUAUAUUCAGAGACAGUUUGAGACAAGCAUCAGAAAAACUAGAGAAGACAUUAAUUGAAAAUCUUCCUGAGGCUAAUCUAAGAUAACUAGAGCAAGAUGAAGAAAGUGAAUAUGAGAACGAGGAUAAUGAUAAUGAAGAAAUCUUGCCUUUGGAUUUCAGGACAGCUAUGAUUGAGUCUGAGAACAAGGUAGUCAUCUAGGCCAAGCCACUCCACUUUAAGACAGAUGAAGAAAUCUUAAGAGAAUUUGAAUUAGAAGCUAGAAUGAAAAAGAAGAAUAAAUUCCUGAAUGAUGAUAAUAUGGACACUUAUCUAGAUUCAGUAAAGAAGGAACCAUUCAAAGAUGAAAACGUGAUAUUAAUUGAUCCAGAGAUUAACAUCAAGGAGAAGUUUGAUCAGAUAGAUUUGUUAUGCAAUAAAGAAAACAGGAUUAAUAAUACUCUGAAUGCUCCCAUUAAAACUCAGGAAUAAAUAAUAAGAGAGCAGUUGCUGAUGUAAUAGUUAAAAGCAUAAUCAAAAGCACCAUUGAGUAGUAAAUAAUAUGAUACUGAUACUGAUGGAGAGGAAGAGUUUAUGAAAAAGCAAAGAAAUUAAACUUCUGGUAAAUAUAAUCAAACAGGGAAUAUCAGGUCUAACUCAAAUGUUGAUCCUAGCAAGAUACUCAAAUAAUGGGGUGUCUCAGACUUAAAUUCACUAAUACCUGGUGUAUCCAGUGCUAGUGAAUCAGAGAGUGAACAGAAAAGAAAAAAGCCCUAACCAAAGUCUAACCCAAAGAAUAAAAGUGCUAUUGAUAAGGAUAUCUCAAUUCAAAUAUAAAAAUAUCCAUAAGUUGAUUCUUAAUAGCUGGAAAAAGAUUUAAUAAAGUUAAAUAAUAUUGAAUUUUAGGCAGAGCUCGUUUGA